GACUAUACGCAUUUGACCGACUUGCUGCAAAAUGAGGCUGAGCUCGACUUGCAGCUCAAAUGCACAUUCGAUUACUCUCGGUCGCCGGGCGCCGGAAAGAGAACUUCAUCUCGGUUACCCAAAUAUGCAAUUCCAUGCACCAUUUCGAUCAUUAUCUAUGGUCCCUUUGAGAUGCUCACUGACAUUGGCAACUUCUUCCAAACCUGCGAGAUGUAUUUGCAAGAUCCCAGCGAUUGCGAUAGAAAUGUUAGAUAUUGCAACCCUCAUCGUCUUUCAUCGAUCGACUUUAGCUCAUGUCCUUGGACAUCAGAUCUUGAGACUCAUCUAAACAACCUCAUUGAGAUGAAGCCACUCUCUUCAAUGCCGGAGCUAUUAGAUGUCCUAGAGUCGUCAGAGAAGCUUCCAGAGGCGAUGCAGCCGGAUGCUAUUCAAACUCGCUUAGAAAGACACCAAAGACAAGCAUUGACAUUCAUGCUUCGGCGGGAGCGUGGAUGGGCUCUUGAUGGUAGUCGGCCGGAUCUAUGGGAGUAUAUGGAAAGCGGUCAGAGACACUGGUUUGUCAACCACGUGUCAAAUGCAUAUCAAGAUGAAGAGCCAGAAGAAUUUUCUGGUGGAAUCAUUGCAGAUCCAAUGGGACUUGGGAAGACACUUACCAUGAUAUCCUUGGUAGCAACCGAUGUUCAGCCUCACGAGCCCGUCAUGGAUAUUGAUGACGUUGUAACUUCAGCUACGACUCUAAUCAUUGUUCCACCACCAUUACUCGGUACCUGGGAAGAACAGUUAUCAGAUUCUGGAACCCUGAAUUGGUGUCGUCACCAUGGGAAAACAAAACUCUCGGGAAACAUGCUCUAUAAUGGCAUCAACAUAGUCUUGACAACAUAUCAUACAGUGUCAGCGGAGUGGAAGUCUCAUGGUGAACAUUCGCCAUCAAUUCUGUUCUCCACUCGCUGGAGACGUGUGAUACUUGAUGAAGCGCAUUUUAUUCGUAACAGCUCCUCUCAAUUGACCCGUGCAACAUGCGCUAUCAAUGCCGCUGCUCGAUGGGCAGUAACGGGUACACCGAUCCAAAAUCGGUUGUCAGAUCUAACAACGCUUUUAAGUUUCCUCAGAGUGUAUCCAUACUCAUAUCGGAAGCAUUUCGACGCCGACAUCACCAAUUUAUGGAAGGAGGGAAAUGCUGACGAGGCGUUGAAGAGACUGAAGAGGCUCGCGGCUUAUCUCAUUUUACGGCGGACGCAGAACACAAUACAGCUUCCCUUACGACGUGAUCUACAAUGCGCCGUCGAGUUCACAGAUGCAGAAAGGGAGGUUUAUGAGGAAAUUCGAAACACAACAAUCGCCCGUAUUGACGAUAUGUUAUAUGAGAGCAACGAUGACGCACGCCCUCUCGAAUACAUCAAUGUUCUUCAGCAGAUCGAGGCCAUGCGCAUGGUAUGCAACCUGGGACUACACUACCAUGGCCGUCGGAAUCUUGGAGCAAUAGCGCAAAACAAGCUGGAUAACUGGGCGACUGCUGCUCAACAAACCUUUAACCUCCAGGGUGAAAUGGGCGGCAUGCAGUGCCGAUACUGCUUUACUGUUGCCGAUACGUCUGCUAGCUUGUUGAACGACACUCAAAGCCAACAGCCAUUUCAAUUAUCAAAAUGUCUGCAGCUUAUUUGUUUCGACUGCAUCAACAUGAAACAGCCUAUUGAUUGCGGACAUAGCCCUCCAUGCGAUUUUGCACGGGUCUAUUUAAAUGCUAAUAACUUGGAAGAGACAUCUUUGCCUACGAAUCACUUUGAACACGCAGCAUCCUUGCCCCAGACCCUGAAGUUUCCACCGAAAGUAACGGCUCUUGUAGCUCAGCUAAAAACCCUUCCACCGGGUGUUAAAAGGUUGACACUCACUGUGGCUUCACAUGCUUUCCUUAUGGAGCCCCACUGGAAUCCAACAUUAGAAGAUCAGGCUCUGGCUCGUAUUUAUCGACUUGGCCAAAGAAACGAAGUUACCACCGUUCGCUUCUACGUGCGGGAUUCUUUCGAACAG